CCCGCCCCCGGCCGGGCGCCCACCUCCGCGCAGACAGAUGGUCCCCCGAGCCCUGCUAGCCGCGCUGCCCACGCUGCUCCGCGCCCCUCGGCCUGCUUGCGUCGCCGCCAUGAGCACUGGCACCUUCACAGUGUCGCAGCCCCUCAACUAUCGCGGCGGGGCCCGCGUGGAGCCGGUGGACGCCUCCGGCACCGAGACGGCCUUCGAGCCCGCCACCGGCCGAAUAAUAGCUACUUUCACAUGUUCCGGUGAAAAGGAAGUAGAUUUGGCUGUUCAAAAUGCAAAGGCUGCUUUUAAACUAUGGAGUAAGAAAUCUGGCUUGGAGCGGUGCCGAAUCCUCUUGGAGGCUGCCAAGAUAAUAAGGGAGCGAACGGAGGACAUUGCCACUGUGGAGACCAUCAACAAUGGCAAGUCCGUCUUUGAGGCCCGCUUGGACGUGGCGUCCUGCUGGCAGUGCCUGGAGUACUUUGCGGGCUUGGCUGGGUCCCUGGCUGGUGAACACGUCCAGCUCCCAGGAGGAUCCUUUGGUUACACCAGAAGAGAGCCACUUGGCGUAUGUGUGGGGAUAGGAGCCUGGAACUACCCCUUUCAGAUCGCCUGUUGGAAGUCUGCUCCUGCUUUGGCCUGCGGUAACGCUAUGGUCUUUAAACCAUCUCCCUUCACGCCCGUUUCCGCUGUGCUCCUGGCUGAGAUCUAUGCGGAGGCCGGCGUGCCUCCUGGGCUCUUCAAUGUGGUGCAGGGAGGGGCCGCCACGGGCCAGUUUCUGUGUCAGCAUACCGAUGUGGCCAAGGUCUCCUUCACUGGAAGCGUGCCCACUGGUGUGAAGAUCAUGGAACUGUCAGCUAAAGGGGUCAAACCUGUGACCUUGGAACUCGGGGGCAAAUCUCCACUCAUCAUCUUCUCCGACUGCGACUUGGAGAAUGCCGUGAGGGGGGCGAUGAUGGCCAACUUCCUCACUCAAGGCCAGGUUUGCUGCAAUGGCACAAGAGUGUUUGUGCAAAGGGCGAUUCUUGAUAAAUUCACGGAAGAAGUGGUGGAACAGACUCAGAAGAUAAAAAUCGGAGAUCCCCUUCUGGAAGAUACGAGGAUGGGCCCGCUCAUCAACCGGCCACACCUGGAGCGGGUCCUGGGGUUUGUUAAGUCGGCAAAGCAGCAGGGUGCCAGAGUGUUGUGUGGCGGAGAUCCGUAUGUACCCCAGGAUCCCAAACUGAAAGAUGGAUAUUACAUGAGACCUUGUGUGUUAACUGAUUGCCGAGACGACAUGACCUGUGUGAGGGAAGAGAUCUUCGGACCCGUCAUGUCCAUCCUGCCCUUCGACACUGAAGCCGAGGUUCUGGAACGAGCCAAUGACACCACCUUUGGACUGGCAGCUGGCGUCUUCACGAGGGACAUCCAGCGGGCUCACAGAGUGGCGGCUGAGCUUCAGGCGGGGACCUGCUUCAUAAACAACUACAACGUCAGCCCGGUGGAGCUGCCCUUCGGGGGCUACAAGAAGUCAGGGUUCGGCAGAGAGAACGGCCGGGUGACAAUUGAGUAUUAUUCACAGCUCAAGACCGUGUACGUGGAGAUGGGCGAUGUGGAAACUGUGUUUUGAACAGCCACAAUGAGGCUGUCCGCGGGCGGGGCUCUCUGGACAAGGCAGCGCUGGGGUUGGAACCAGGUCCUCCCCAGCCAGGGUGGGCAUUCUGCCACGAGUGUGCCCAGCCUUCUGAACCCAUUCCAGGUCCAGACUUGGGGCCAUUGAGGGUCAGGGAAUGGUUGUGCCUUAUUCUUCACCUUUCAGUUACCUUCCUAAUUGAAAAUGUGUUGCAAGUGCCACUUAGUCACGAAUCCAGACGGUUUUGAUCUUCCUCAAUGAAAAUUUCUGUGAAAUCUUCAAAGCCAGCAGCACACUUCCAGAGAGCAGGCAGAGGGACCGGGAGGCCCCGAGCUCCACCCGCGAGCAUGUGGGUCCUCUGGCCUGGAGAACAAGCUCUGGCGGCUCCCAGGGGGGUCAGCAGAGGCGACACCUGGUGUUCAGGGUUUUGGUCUCAUCCCGUCAUUCCAGCCAGGAAGCUGCUGAUGGGGGGACCCGACUCUGGCUGGUAGCUUGGGGGCGGGGUUCCACUCCCUCUUUGUGGGCGGGAGCACGACAGUGAAAUAAAGUGCAUCUGCUGUU